GAGGCUGGCAGCCGCGACACCCACACGUUUGUCACUCGUCUCGUUCUCCGCCUGUAUACCGCUCUUGUUGUGCUUCGCAGAAAUGGCUGAGGAUUCGUCAUUCAUCUGGCUUCGGCCGGCCACGGAUUUUGAGGCUGUUCUGAACUCUGCCAACAAAAAAGGCUAUUUCGUAACUGUGUAUGGGUUAACGUUACGCUCCGCUGUGCCCCUCACCGAAGACCACAUCAAACGUGCACUGCUGCACACCUUCAGGAAAGUUCCAACCCUGAGGAUGUGCUUCCGAAAACGGAGUAAUAUUCUGUGGGCUUGUGACAUGAACCGCGAGGAGCUCAAUUUCCAGGUGAUGGACACAAAAGACGUGACCCAGGCCAUAGAAUCGCUGCUACAUCACAAAUUCCCCACCACUGAUGGCCCACUGUGGUGCGCCCGCGUCCUGCCUUGUGACGCCACUGUCCCUAGUGUACGACCAGAACUGGAUGCCGACUUUCCUCACACCCGUCUGAUGCUGCUUGCUAACCACCACGGUAUCGCUGACGGUACCACAAACAUGUUCAUUACGGACGCAUUUCUUCACAUCUUGGACAACGUGGUCACUGGCACUGCAAUCGACGACACAGUUCAGCUUGGGAGGCUGGUCGCCGGAGAGGAGACAGAUGCCAUACUUAAUGCCAGGAAAGCUGAUCUUGAAAAGGACGAGAAUCACCUAAAGCUGCUGAUGGAUAAAAUUAAGAAGUUGAAGACUGAAGAGAAACUUAUUCCUCGAGUUUAUCCGAUGCCCAUGGACCCCAACUUCAGGUGUCAGAUUGUUUUGGCGGACCUGGACAGGGAAACGACCCAGAGAUUCAUAAAGAAAUGCAAGAAAGAGCAAGUCACCGUGAACAGUGGUCUGGUGGCUGUGUUUAACGUGGGUCUCGUUGACUUUCUACGAGAGGGAGGCCUUGAGCAGGACGAGUACCAUAUUAACGAGAUGCACACCGUCAGUAUGCGACGUUACUGGUCAGGCGACACGGCAGGGACCUUGGGCGUGCACAUGAUGGCUCUCCAGAACAUCGUUUCGACGCCAGCAAAGUGGCGGGACAACUUCUGGGAAUACGCUAGAAUCGUACAUAAGAAAAUUGGUCAAAUGCUCCAAGAGAAAGAAGCGGUGAUGUACGUCAUAAAGAUAACACUGGAAUUACAAGGAAGGGACAAAGAUGACCUUUUUGAUGAGCGACCAUACCCUGAGAUUGACUAUGGCGCGGCUAACAUGGGCAACGCAGACAGGCUAGUACAGACGGAGGGGCGGCAAGUGCGGCUGACGCACCUCAUUAGGGUCACCUCCUGCUUUAACGACCCGAUGUACCACCUGUUCCAUACCCUCCAUGGCUGCCUAAUGUACAGCCUCACUUAUGCAAAUGAUAUCCUCACGCGGGAGACAGCACAAAAGUUGGUGGAUAAAACCUUCGAAAACUUGAGAGCCCUGGCAUGGGAGUGAAUCAGCAUCGCUUCCAUGCACUGGUGCCAAGGUCACAGAUAUUGUCUUCAGAUAUAAAUCGUUCACAAUUCAACGAGGGAGAAAACACCUACCUAAUACCCAAGGACAUGGAGUCCGAGUCGAGGUUUAGAGUUCAACUCUAUAAAAAUUCAACUAUUCCUCCUCAAAAUCAACAACUUUCAUAAUAUGCGUACCAGUAAAUCUCUAUUACUCGUUAAAUUGGCAUCAUUCGUUAAGUAAUGGUUUCUGUGCCGCUCAUUGGCCGAUUGUUAAACUGGCUCUAACCUGCACCAAAUUCCGUUUGUAAUUAACAUAGCCUGCUGUGUCUCGGCCUCUGCGGGCAUGAUGGAAUGAUGGAAUGUAAAUGAAAAAUAUUCAUAUAACUGUUCUUCCUUAUGGUCAUUUAUUACAAACAAAUAAUGAAAAUAUGCCUCGAAUUUAACAAUAGCUUGAUGAGAGAAAGUACUUCCCUAAGCCAAAUGUUUACAUAAUGACUACGUAGCAUUACUACACAUUACGACUAACAAAAUACCAAUAAAUCUUAUAACAGACGAGUUUUAAGGAUAUUGUGUGGACUGCAGACUGGCAAUGGAAUGAUGAUCGGCCCCAGCCCGUUAUGGCGCAGGCAAGUCUUUAUAGGAGCACCAUCUUGCUAAGUUCUGUUUGAUGUGUCGUUCACGUUUAUCUUCAACAGUUUGACACCCACACAUUGUAUGAUAAAGACGUCUUUAAACUAAUAUGUAUAUCUAUCACCAGAUACCUUAUAACUCAAAAGGGAUUUUUACAGGAAUAUUGAGUCACUUCGCUGCAUGUAGGAACAACUUAACAACAGGCCAAUGAGGGCGAUAAGGCCAUCACCCAAGCAAUGAUCCCAAGUCCGCGAUUUCCUCCCUAAAAAAAAUCCACGCCAAGUUACGUGACAUCGACUAUAAUCUAAUAGUCAAUCUGCUUGUCAGUCUCUCUCUCUCUCUCUCUCUCUCUCUCUCUCUCUCUCUCUCUCUCUCUCU